UUUUUUUUUAAUUCAAAACUAGCUUUGAUAUUUUGGUAUCUUUUCUAGAUAAAAGAAGUCUCGCUCGCUCGCCGGUUAGAUUUAGAUAGAAGUAGGGCUAGGGUUAUAGUUUGGAGGGGAUCGAUGAAGGGACGGCGGCGCUGCGAGCUGUGCAAGGGCAGCGCCGCUGUGUGCUGCGAGGCGGACGCGGCGUUCCUGUGCUGGCCGUGCGACGCCCGCGUGCACGGCGCCAACUUCCUCGUCGCCCGCCACCUCCGCCGGAUCGCCUGCGCCGAGUGCCACGCCCUCGACGAAGCCCGCAUCCUCGCCGGCGCCGGAUCUCCCCCCAUCCGCUCCCUCUGCCGCUCCUGCCGCCGCCGUCCCCAGGAAGAAACCGCGUCCUCGGGUUCCUCUUCGUGCGUCUCCGCCGCCGACGAGGAAUCACCCCGGAGAGGAGCACAGGAGGAGGGGAUUCUGGUCAAUUGGGCCCGGAGGAUGGGGCUGGGGGACGAAGGUUCGCGGCGGCGCGCGGCGGCGGCGGCGACAUUUCAUAGAAACAACAAAAGACUUGCCCAUGUUUAACUCUUUAUAAUUGUUGUUGCCUCCUAUCAGUGCAAUGAAAAAAAGGGGUGCAAACUGGCUAUUGUCCUACCAUCUUCCAGAUGCAGCUUGUUUGCACAAUUGCAUUCUAUAGUUGAAAUUUGGACAUUGAGAAUUGGGUGAUACCAUGCAUCUCCAGCUUAGAGGCCUUGAGAAUGCUCACUCAUAAUGGCAUUUUCUCAGUUGACUCUAAUUAUAGAUUUAUCGACA